AACCCCGCCAAAACCUCGCCCAAGAACAACCCGUAAGCACCCAAUACUCACAACCAAUUCAACCAACUCAUUCUCAAUUCACACGCCAAAAUGUCUUCCCUCGCAAAAACAAUCGUAGCAACCGGCGUUUCAUCCGGAAUCGGCUUCGAAGCAAUCAAGCAGCUCCUCAGCCAGAGUCAACCAUACAGAGUCAUCCUCGGCGCACGCAACACCAAGAAUGCACAGAAAGCUUACGAUGAGCUCAAGUUUGACCGUGAAUCUCAUGGAGUCACUGUUCUUCCGCUGGAGUUGAAUGAUUUGAAGGGUGUCAAGUCUUUUGCGGAGCAGACGCUUGAUAAGAUUGGUAGAGAGAAGAUUGAUUACUUGUUACUCAAUGCUGGAUUGGGAGGUGUUGCUGCUGAGGGGCCGGGACCACAUGGGUCGAAGUGGUGUGAAUCCCAUGUUGUGAAUCAUCUCUCGCAGCAUUAUCUCGUACAUCUCUUGAGGGAAAAGCUGGUCGAGUCCAAGUCGAGGAUCGUGUUCGUUUCGUCCGGCGCAAUUCGACGAGUCUCUGAUCCCAGCGUACUCGACACAGAACUCAAAGCCGGAUCUGGUGCCUCCGCCAGCACGACAUACUGCAACACCAAAUUCACCGGCCUUCUGGGCGCACAGUGGUGGCGUCGCCAACUUGCCGAUAACAACGACGUGGUCGCUGUUUCACCAGGUCUCAUCCCUGGUACAGGUCUCGCGAAUCGUAUGGGCAUCAAAGCUGAUAUGGCUGACGCAAAGUCGAUCCCUGAGGGUGCACAAAGUGUCCUUGCGGCUAUGACGCGAAGUGACUUCCCUGAGGAUCGUGAUCGGAUCUUCUUGACGAGUUGGGGUGAGUGGUGGGAGAAGAGUGUCAUUGAGAAGUCGACAGAUAAGCAGUUGCAGGAUAAGUGGUGUCCCAGUAAGGAGGAGAUUGAGCGCGAGGUUGGCAUCUCAUCUUAGGAAUCGAUUCUUGGGGCAUUGACUGUGUACUACGGACGAGAGUAAACUUGUCAAAGAGCACACCAAGUUUAUCCUAAAGUGCCGCAAACUCGUAGAAAUACUUUCAUACUCUUGGGUCAGCACCAGUGAUCACUUCUGAAUAUUAGGUCAUCCACAUUAUCACAACAAGCUGUUUUGAGACUGCAUCAUUCAGGUUGUCUACGACGAAUAAUGCA